AUGCAGCUAAUUGAUCUCCUAGUUUUGGCAUUAGCGUUUUCUACUCACACGGCUGAUGCUUGCGGCGUCGGUCGGGUCGGCUUCCGCCGGCGACCUCCGCGCAAGCUGACCCCGCUCGUAAUUAAACAAUACGUGCCAAACGUGGGCGAACACACCGACGGAGCGUCUGGCCCACCCCGAGGACCGAUAGUUAGAUAUUCGAAAGGAUUCUCCCGACUUGUUCCCAACUACAACAAGGAUAUCCAGUUUGCCGACGAUGAGGGAACCGGAGUCGAUCGGAUCAUGUCUCAGAGACUACGUGACAAACUCAACAUCCUCGCCGUAUCGGUCAUGAAUCAGUGGCCAGGAGUGAAGCUACGAGUCGUCGACACUUGGGUCGAGCGGAAAGCCUUCAAGAACAACUCCUUGCAUUAUGAAGGGCGGGCGGUUGACAUCACAACAGACGAUCGACAGCGGUCCAAGUACGGUAUGCUUGCACGGCUCGCCGUCGAGGCAGGCUUCGAUUGGGUGUUCUACGAAGACAAGAAACACAUCCAUGCUUCUGUCAAGCUCGAUCCAAACAAUGGGAGGAAUACCGCCGGCUGCUUUGAGAGGAGUUCUGUGGUUCAAACCCGAUCGGGAAGUAAGCCGAUCUCUCAGUUGAACAUCGGAGAGGAAGUUCUCACAUAUGAUGAGGCAGAGAACCGCUUCGAGUUCUCACCGGUGUUGACGUUUUUGGAUCGAGAUCCUUCUCGGAAAGAAGAUUUCUUCAAACUGAAAAUCGAAACUGGAGAGCAGCUACUGCUUACACGGUAUCAUCUGAUUUAUCGACACGAAUACGACGACUCCGCCAGUAAAACGUACGCUUCCCGCGUUCUGCCCGGAGACGUCAUCUUUACCCGCGUCAACGGAAGCGUCGUGCAAUCUAAAGUGGUUUCGGUUCACGUUCAGCGGUCGUAUGGAGUUUACGCGCCGAUGACAGCCUCAGGCAACAUCGUAGUGAACAAUGUUGUAGCCUCUUGCUACGCUCUAGUCAACGAUCAUUCACUCGCGCACACGGCAUUCGCGCCUCUGCGAUUAUUCUACAGUUCCGUGAGCUGGGUGCAGCGAAUUUUAGCAUCUAUACGAACAAAUAUCCUCUACUCGUCUGCGUCACCAAGUCCGGCCCAAGACGCGGAGAGCAGAAUCUAUACUAAAUCGUUCCUGGGCGUCCAUUGGUACGCCCGGACAUUGUACACUCUGUUUCGACCUCGGCUGCAAGCCUACUUCCCUUAG